AUGGCACCCCCACCGCCUCACCGUGAGCCAGCAACGCAGCUGGCUUGCAACGCUGUUGCCAAGAGGACCCAGGUGUAUGGCCGGGACCGCGUCAGGUUCAUGGAGAGCCUGGUGGUGGGGGACAUCGGUGAGCUGAAGCCGGGACAGGGCACCCUGACGCUGCUCACCAACGAGAGGGGCGGCAUCGUGGAUGAUCUCAUCGUCACCAACACGUCAGAAGAUCACCUCUACCUAGUGUCCAACGCCAGCUGUGUCAACAAGGACUUGACCGUCAUGAGGGACAGAGCGGCGGAGCUGCAGGCUGCCGGCAGUGACGUCCACCUGGAGGUGUCAGACAACGCGCUGCUGGCUCUGCAAGGUCCCUCCAUGGCACGGGUGCUGCAGGCGGGGCUGACGGAUGACCUGGCCAAGCUGUCCUUCAUGAACAGUGUCGCCACCACAGUCUUUGGUGUGCCAGGCUGCCGGGUCACGCGCUGCGGCUACACGGGCGAGGAUGGCGUAGAGAUCUCGGUGCCCGCAGGGCGGGCGGUGGAGGUGGCCGAGCGGCUGCUGGGGUUCCCCGAGGUGUGGCCAGCGGGGCUGGCGGCCAGGGACAGCCUGCGCCUGGAGGCCGGGCUCUGCCUCUACGGCAACGACAUUGACGAGACCACCACGCCUGCCGAGGCCGGGCUGAUGUGGACCUUGGGAAAGCGCCGGCGCGUGGCCAUGGACUUCCCCGGGGCGGCUGUCAUCAUGGCACAAGCGAAAGAGAAGCCGAAGCGCAGGCGUGUGGGGCUGACGUCGGUGGGACCCCCCAUCCGGCCCCACACGCCCAUCCUGGGCCCCGAGGGCACGUCUGUGGGCACGGUGACCAGCGGCAGCCCCUCGCCCUCCCUGGGCAAGAACAUCGCCAUGGGCUACGUGGAGACGGCGCACAGCCGGGCCGGCACCGCGCUCACCGUGGAGGUGCGCAAGAAGCAGCACCCGGCCCUGGUCACCAAGAUGCCCUUCGUGCCCACCCAGUACUACGUGGCCAAGUGAGGCCAGCGGGGCACAGCACCCCAAUAAAUGCCCCUUCCCCACUC